AUGACUUCAAAUAAAAGAAAAAGUAAAAAACUUAACUUGCUAAAGGAUCAAAAAUUUUUGACGAAGAAAUAUGUAGACAUGAACGAUCCAAUAUAUGAUAGUGAAAUAGAAGAUGAGAAUUGCUUUUUUACUGUUGUAAAUUCAGAGGAAAUUGAAUACUCUCAAAAAGUAAAUAAAAUGAAAAAUAAGAUGUUUGAAGAUCUUAGUAUGAUAACAUUUGAAGAGUUUGAAAAAAAAUGCGAUUCAUUAAUUAACAAUUUUUUUACAAGUUAUAAUUUUAAAGAGUUUAUCGAAAAUUUAAAAGAAUUAAAUGAAAAGAAAUAUAAUGAUUAUUUAGUUUUACAAUUAAUUAAAAAAUCGUUUGAUCGAGAUGAUGAGUGUCAAAUAAAUGUAUCAUGCUUAUUAAAUUUAUUAAAUAUUACUAACUUAAUAAAUCAAGAGCAAGUACAUAGAGCCUUUGAAAAGAUAUUAUUAAGUUUAGAUGAUAUAAAGUUAGAUUGUCCAUCAUGUUAUGAAAUAUUUUUAAAAUAUCUUAGAUUUAGUACUUUAGAUAAUGUAAUUGAUAAAAAUUACAUAUUUAAAUUGCCUACAAUGUUUUUUGAUAGCUUAAACAUCCAAGAUAUAGAUGAAAGUUCAUUAGGUAUAGAAAACGGUAAAAUUAAUGGCGAUGUUUCAGCCUUUCCUGAUGAUGGAAAUAUAAAAGAAAAAAAACAAACUAAUUUAGACGAUAAACCAGAAGAUAAGGGAGAUGACGAUAUGUAUGAACAAAAUAAUGAAGAUGUAGAAGAGAAGAAAAAAACAAAAGAUGAAAUAUGGAAAGAUACACUAUAUUGGGUCUUAGAAUUAAAUAUAAAAGAAAUGGAGAAAGAAAAAAAAGAGUUUAAAAAGAAAUCAAGAGAUUUCUUAUGCGAUUUUUUUAAUGAUGGAAAUAUAGAUGAAGUUAUUGAAUUUUUAAACAAUACAAAUAGUUUAUUUCAUUAUGAAUUUAUUAGAAUAAGUAUAAUAGAAUCAUUUAGUAAAAAUAAUAUAUGUAGAAAAUUUAUAUCCUAUUUAUUGGAUAAUUUAAGUGAAACAUAUUAUUUUAAAAAUGAUAUUAUUAUAGCAUUUAUUCGAAUUAUUGGAUAUAUAGAUGAUUAUGAAAUUGAUUUCCCUAAUUCAAAAGAAAUGAUAUGUAAAUUUUUAUUAAGAUGUAUUUAUGAUGAUGUAUUGUAUCCCGCUUUUCUAAGUGAUAUAUAUAAAUUACAUAUUGGGGGUGUGACUGGUAUGAUGAUAUGCAAUAAAACACAACAAAGGGUUAUUGAUAAAAAGACAAAAAACUUAAAUAAUAUAAAUUAUAUAUGGGAUGAAGAUGAUACAUAUGAAAAAAUGAAAUUAAAAAGAAAAAUUAAUAAUACUUUAUUAGAAUAUUUCUAUUUAUAUAUCGAUGAAGAAGAAUUUUAUUUAUAUCUUGAUGAAUUUUUGCCAUCUUAUCAUGAUUUAUGUAAUUAUGUUGUUAAAAAAAUAUUUAUACUUAAUGUUGAUAUUAAUAACGAUAUUAAUUUGUCUUUGAAAUUAGUUCAACAUUUGGUAAAUAAAAAUUUUAUAUCAAAAAAAAAUAUUGAAGAAGGUAUACAAGAGGUUCUAAAUUCAUUAAGAGACAUUAUUUUGGAUAUACCUAAAUAUCCUGAAGAUUUGAAAAAAAUUAUAACACUUUUACUCGAAAACGAUUAUAUAUCAAACGAAGUUUAUGAGAAUGCUAUCAAAGAAAUCCAAACCUUCAAUAUAUAA